AUGUCUUCAAAUGGUAACAAAGAAAUUAUUGAGUCUACCAUUUAUCGUCAAUACAUACAUCAUAAACCAACUCCAAUCAAUAAUAUCAUCUCCAAGUUCAAAGCAAUUGACUUCAUUCUAAGCUUUGCUGGUGAGGAUUACGACGCACAUGGAAAAGGCACAGGAAAUUUCCAUCCUACUUGGAGCCUCGCCGAACUCAAUAUUGAAUGGUUAAAAAAGUUGAAGGAAGAUGUUCCACACGCAAGGGUGGUUAUAAGCAUUGGAGGUGUUGACUCUGAAUUUCCAUUCGAUCCAAUCGAAAAACAUAUAUGGAUUUACAAUGCCAUAAACUCUAUCAAACGGAUCAAUCAUGAUUACUACAACAACUUAAUUGAUGGUAUUGAUAUUCAUUAUGAUGUCAUCAAAUCAAGUGUAGAUCAGUUUUCCAAUUAUAUUGGAGAAUUUAUAAGACAACUCAAAAAUGAUACUGAUCUAUCCAUCAAUGUGGUAUCCAUUGCUCCAAAUAAACCAUUCGAAUCAUACUACCGCUAUUUAUAUUUUCACAACAAAUAUGUUAUUGACAUUAUUCACUACGCAUUCUAUGAUAUGAUAUUGGUAGAAGAAGUAGAACAAAUCUAUAAAAAACUUGUAGCUAUCUACACUCCGACUAUAGUCUUACCAAUAAUUAGCUUUGAUAUGGACCCUAUAGUCAAAGAAUUCUUCGAAAACCUUCUCAAAAACAAAUUAAUCCCUGGCAUUGUUGUUUGGGAUAUUGAUAACCCAUUGUUGGCCCCGACUCUUUCUCUCUAG